CUUCAGAGGGCGCUGCUCACAACUGAAUUUUCAAUAGCUGCAUUUGCGUCUGCCCUCGCAACGUAAUUAUUGGAGUCAUUGCUUUUCGUGAGAUGUUUCUAUCACAUCAUGACAUCUUGCAGAAUUCUGACCACAGAGGAAGCUAAUUAUCAUUAAGACAAUCAAGAACCUCGAACAUAGCAACUUGCGUUUUCCCGCAAGUUCUUUACAAUUCAUCUCCUAGUCUGUUGCCCCGGGGGAAAAUAUUUAUUCAAGCUUUCAGUCGCUUAGGAUCUGGUUGCUGACAAAAGACUUACGCCUUUCAACAAUUUGGAAGCGUUUUUUCAGAGGAUUUUUUUGUAGCAUUUCGAUUGAAACAAAGUUAACCAGCUAACAGAACGCUCAUCUUGAAAUGAGCGGGCAAUGAAUCUUUGACUGUGAAACGCCAGAGCGAGGAUUCAACAACCGCCCGCCAAUUGAGAACACUGAAGAAUUUGAUCGAAAAACUAACAGUGCCAAGCAAGAUAUAAACUAACUCGACGAAAUGGAACACAGUACCUUGAUAACAUCCACCAGUUUUACGGGGAACUUUUCGACUACUUCUCCGCCAACAAACGGAACUUGUAAGUUGGUUAAUGUCUUACUUAUGCGUAGCCAGGUUAAUGUAAGUCAAUGUGUUUAUUGGUAUGGAACGCCAAAAGUUAACCUUGAUAUCUGCUUAACCUUUUAGUGUUGAAUAUUGAACAUUUAAUGGAAUUUUUACUUAGAUUACGGAGUUUGUUGUUUUAACUGGCGUAAGUCAAAAGUACAUACAUUUAAUAUCCCUCAAUUUGCGAGAUAGUUAUCAAAGUAAACGUUGAUAAUAACGAAUUCACAGAGGGUGGUGUGUAGCCCCUUUCAAAUGAAACCAGACUUACACGAAGACAAAAAACACACGAUAUAUCUCUACUUUUAAGCGCAAAAUUACUCUUUUAACCUCUCCGCACCUUCUUCUCAAAGUGAGAGGUCAAAUUUCGUAUUUAAUAAAUCAUGGGGAGCUCUUAAAUAAUCGUGUAUCGUAACAUUGUUAUGUGAAUUUAGUUCAUCGCCUGCGCAUUACAAAAAUAGAUUCGCGACUCAGACCCGCAGUCGUUUGAGUUCGUAUCGUUUUCUUUUCCCAGUUAGCACCUUUGUGUAAGAUUUCAUUCCAUGCUCAAACGAGCAGGUUACGUUUAUGUAUUUGAGGAAAAGUAUUGUUAUUAAAUUCCUAAAAUGAAUAGCCAGGCUCAUGCACAUAGGUCCGCAAAGCGUUCGUACAGAAAUUAAACAAACAGAAAAAGGUACAAACAAGCAUUGAUAGACGCUUGUCUUCGGUUUUUCGAAAUACUUGUUCCUGGGUGCAAAUAAAAAGAGGACAGAAAGUCUUUCAUAUUAAGUAUCAACUUCCACUCGAUCUUGAACAACACUCUUCAAUUUCUGGCUUUUAAUUCGAAUUUCGUUCAUUUUAAUAUGAUGCACUGUUAUAUUUUCUUAUCACAGUGGUAGACAAGUACGCGGGCGCAGCCAUUGCAUUCGUUACAGGAAGCAAGGCUGGGUUGGUCGUAGGAAUCAUUGUAGCAAUCAUCAUCGUCAUAGUGGUAUUGCUGUGUAUCCGUCAAGCUUAUAAAGGAUUGAAGGAGGCAAAGGAGAGAGCUUUGACAAAACUUGAAGCUCUGAUAAAGAGAGAUGCAAGCGUUGAAUUGCCUGAUGCCGCCCCCGAUUUGGAGUUGACAGCGGUGCAGCCGGCCUCAACGGAUAAAAAGAAACUGGUGAGGAAUAUGAUAGCAAUUAGUUUGUUUAGUUUGAUAUCUAGUUUAAAGGUCAAAGUAUAAACUCUUAAAGCAAAGUUUUUUUUAUUGAUGGUUUGGUGCAGAGGUCAAAUGAUGUUUGUUUCAAGGUAGUUUGAUACUAUCAACUGAGUUGCUAACCUACAUUGGCCACCGCAAAGAAUUUCAAAGCUGACGUUUCGAGCGUUAGCCCUUCGUCUUCCCUCUGACGAAGGGCUAACGCUCGAAACGUCAGCUUUGAAACACUUUAUGGUAGCCGAUCUACGUUAUCAACUCAGUUAAUUAUACCAAAUUACCUUUUAAUACUCUCCCACCGGCGCAGCACCACAGUUUGAAUAGAAACAUACCACCCGGCUUUUUAUACAGAUGUUUGUUUCAGUCGCGCGGUUGCUCAUAACGGACAUGGACAAGCAUUACAGACCUAUCUUGACCCUUACCAAUCGAAAAAGCAGUGGGCGUACAAAGAGCUCAAAUCUGAGUUGCAGACGCAUACGCAGGCAGCUUCUUAUCGGCGCCUGUCGUAGCACCAUGUGAUCAAAAUGCAACCAGCAUGCGCGACUACUCAAGAAAGGGCUCCUAACAGGUUAAUUUACCGUUUGAUUCUUGUAGGAAAAUCUUGGAAGGAUCAAGUUUUCUCUUGCUUACGACGAAGAACUGUAAGUAGAGAUACUUGUGCAGGAGUCGUAGAACUAAACUUUUUCUUCCAACUUCUUGGGCAGAGAAAAAAAUUGUAGAAGUUUAAAACAUAAUUUUAAGUUAAUAAAAGGAGUCUCCCAACGGGUUUCAUUCCUAAACCUGCUGUCACAUGAGGGUUGACUCUGUUAUGAGAAGUCGUUUUUACCUCAAAUUCUCCAUGAAACAAACAAUAUUCUAAAUUCAAAUUAGACCAAAAACAAAGGAGAAGCAAAGCCCCAUCGUGGUUAUCCGCUACCACCACUCAAUAUCUUUAUCCGUAUUCAUCCGUCCGACACUCCCACCCUUAAUUAUUGGGACACUUCUCCUGAACAGCGUUUAGGAUGUCCAUUCACCCUUCUUCUCCCUUCCAAAGCCGUUCGUUAGAUAUGCCUCCAUGGAAUUUGCAGACCAAGAUUGAGAGGGGCAGGAUGGGAGAAUUGAAUUUCUCUCAAGUUUUCCAAGUUGAGGUCCAUUUAUUUCGAUGGUAAUUAUUUUUUGCAGAUCUGAAUUAAGAGUAAAAGUUUACUUCUGCGACGGAUUGCCAAUGAAAUUCGUAGGUGGAACAGUUUACACUUACGUUGAAGUAGAAAUGUUUCCCUUUCAUCGAAUGACUCCAACUAAACCUCGAACAAAGUACAUCAGAAACGAAUUUAGUCCUGUUUUCAACGACGAGGUUCGUAUCAAAAUUCUCAAAGAAGAAGUCGACGAUCAAAAGAUGUAUCUUCACGUGUGUGACUACAAUCAGAUCUCAACCAGAGAUUUGAUUGGCUCCUACAAGUUAGAGCUUGAUGACGUCAGCUUUAAAAGUAAAGCCAAAGAAACUACGUAUGAAGGCGACCUGAAAUGGAUUGAUUCGGUGAGUGACACUUUGUUCUAUGAUUGCGCAUUCGCAACGCCAUGCAACGCCGUAGUAUGGAUUCAAAAUUGAACCGUUGAUUGCAUUUUGCAUUGAUUUUGUAUCGACUUUUCGUCGCUUCUUAUCACGUAUCCAUUCGUUUCCCGCCAAAGUGUUCUCCGUCCUUUCAGUUUUCGCUCAUUUUCCCGCCAAAUUUUUAUAUCUCUGAGGCACCCUUCCUCAGCGCUCGUUUAAACUCUUUUUAUCUUUUUCAGGUCCGUGGCGCAGAGCGCGGUGAUAUUCUAAUAUCGAUGCGAUACUACGGAGGAAAUAGCGAAUUAACUGUCAAAAUUAAGGAGUGUAAGGGACUGAGACCCUCCCCCGGAAAAGUGUCUUGUAGUAAGUAUUCCCUCGAUUUUUAUCAUCAUUUAAAUUUUGAUAAAUAGUUAAGUAUUCACGGGUGCAGCCUCUAUAAAAGUUUCUUAAACUUUGAGAUCUAAACGUACAGGCACGAAGAACAUACGACGAAAAUACAACUUGCCUACGACGAAAAUACAACUUGCCUACGACGAAAAUACAACUUGCCUACGACGAAAAUACAACUUGCCUACGACGAAAAUACGAGGAAACAAAUAGACGAACAGACGAGUAAACGAACAGUCGAACAGUCGAAUACACGAGCACCCGAACACACGAACACACGAAUACACAAACACACGAACAGCCGAACAAACGGGCAAACGAACAAACGAACAGACGAACAGACGAACGGACGAACAGACGAACGGACGAGCAGACGAGCAGACGAGCAGACGAGCAGACGAGCAGACGAGCAGACGAGCAGACGAGCAGACGAGCAGACGAGCAGACGAGCAGACGAGCAGACGAGCAGACGAGCGGACGAGCGGACGAGCGGACGAGCGGACGAGCGGACGAGCGGACGAGCGGACGAGCGGACGAGCGGACGAGCGGACGAGCGGACGAGCGGACGAGCGGACGAGCGGACGAGCGGACGAGCGGACGAGCGGACGAGCGGACGAGCGGACGAGCGGACGAGCGGACGAGCGGACGAGCGGACGAGCGGACGAGCGGACGAGCGGACGAGCGGACGAGCGGACGAGCGGACGAGCGGACGAGCGGACGAGCGGACGAGCGGACGAGCGGACGAGCAGACGAACAGACGAACAGACGAACAGACGAACACAAACACCUACGAACAAAUAAAGUAUAAGGAGUAUUAGGCGCUCUUUGCUUACGGUUCUCUCUAUUUAACUACAGACUCCUACGUCAAGCUUCACCUUGUGCGAGGCUCAAAAAUAAUAACGUCAAAGAAAACAAAGGUGAUGAAGAAAAACCUCGAGCCAAGAUUUGAACAAGAACUACAAUUCAUAGUAGAGGAAGAUCUUCUAGACGAAGUCAACCUCAUUAUACAUGUCAAAGACAAGCCGCUGAUUGGUCGAAAACGUCUCAUAGGCGAACUUUGCAUUGGUUGCCAAGGAGUUGGACAGGCGCUUGCGCAAUGGCAGCUUAUGGUAGAGAAGGAAGUGGUGAUGUGGCAUCAACUUGAACUAUUGAAUAUUGUGCCGGGAAAAACAGAUCUUCAAACCACCAUGGCAACUUUGCAUGGCUGGGAAUCGACUUCGGAGGAGGAGAGCGAGGAGGAUGAGGGGAUAUUCACAGGACUCUUACCCGGAGGCUUAUUUUCUUCAAAUAAUGAUAAACCUGCAAAAAAACCUAAAAAGCAAAAACUGUCAAAAAAGCAGUCCAAACUUUGACAGCUUUGUUUCGCUACAAAACAACGUUAAUUUGGAUCUACUUAUUCAAUCCUUAUGCAUGAACUCACCCAACGCAUCUUCAACCCAGAUUCCGCUCGCAAAAGUUGUUUGAAAUUUGGGCCGAAUGUGGAGAUGUGGCAAAGUCAUUACGCAAUGUUCCUACAUUGCCUUUCAGCAAAAAUAAUGACAACAAUGAUCUGAAAACGAAAAAAUUCAAAACGGGGUGUUUCUCCGGCUCCGCGAAUUCAAAAUGACGACAGAAAAUAGAAGCUUAGUUCGAAAUCCGAAGCCCUUAAAAAAAUCAUUGGCAAAUACAAUAAAAAUUUAGUACUAGAGCUGGUUAUUCUUAAAGGUUAAAGUCACUUUGGUUAGAAGCUUUUCAGAGAAAUGUGUGACUAUUUUGAAAAAUAAUUGUGACAGAUUUUGAAUAACUGUACAUUAUUUAUAUUGCGUU